AUGCGGUGGUGGGGUUGUUUCCUGUUGCUGGCCCUGCCGGUGUCCGCUUCUGCUAUUCAAUGCUAUUCCGGCAGUCAACUGCAAAUGCUCGAAUGUCCUGCCACAUCAUGCAUCAAACAAACGCUGCAAAGUGACACGGUGCGCUACUGUGACGGUGUCGGGGUGUCUUCUAUCUGCCAAACGUAUCGUGUCCUAGAGACCUGCGAACAAAUCCCUGGAAUCGGCCAUCUUUGCUGCUGCACCAAGGAUCUGUGUAACAACACCCCCACGAUGAUCUACAGUCUUGUUGCUUCGAUUUUAGGACCGAACGCCCUCGAGAACUGCAGAUUUAUGCGAUUUAUCCGCAUGCCAAUUGCACAUCUCAAGCUGAUUGCACACUUU